CCUAUUCCCUCCGAUAUAAUGAUACUCACCUGGAAUUCAAGAGGGAUAGCUCAUAAGGGCUUCAGCAAGAACUUAUUAUUGCAUUUGAUCCGCACUCAUCAUCCUUCCAUGGUUCUUCUUAUUGAGCUCUGUAGCUCUCUCUUCAACACUAUUGGUUGCUUGGAGAGGCCGCCCUUUGAUGAGCGUCACAUUGCUGAAGCUCGUGGCCUCUCUGGUGGGCUGGCUUUACUUUGGCACUCCAGCAUCAUUGAUUUCACCUCGGUUGCCACUGACAUGUAUACCAUUCAUGGUAUCAUUAAGGGAAAUUAUGCAAAGGAUGGGGGUGAAGACUUUUCAGUGUCUCCAAAGAGAGAGGGUCACUUAGGCCCAUCUUUGGACAGGUGCUUAGAGAGCAUGAUGUUGUGUGGAGCCUGAAGGAAGCUGCAUUUUAUGAUUAGAAUAACAAGGAUGUACUUUGCCUAGACAAUUUAUUAUGUAAUCCGAUUAAGUUAACUUAUAAUGCUUAUACUCUAUUAGUUGCUACUACUUCUACAGCUGAUUUAUAUGAACAUAAUGCCUUAAUGACA